AUGGCUGGUACUAAUCAACCAUACCAUGCCAGCUCCAAACCCUCUAAACCCUUCACCACCAAUAUCUAUAUCUCCUUGAAAAAAACCAAUCUUUACACCUUAGCCCUUGUUCUUUUCCUUUGCGCCUUCUCUUAUCUCUUCGGUAUCUGGCGCCACGGCGGCUCCUUAACCCUUAACAAGAUCACCACUGCUGCCUCCACCAUCAAGAAUUUUGUUCCAGUCCCUUGUGAUCACUCAAAACCCACCGUCACCACCACAAGUGAAGGAAAACGCCUUGACUUUGCAACCCACCACAAUGCAGACGAUUUAGAUGUCACGUCAACUUCGGAAGUCAAAACGUACCCCUCGUGCAAUGUGAAUUUCAGUGAAUACACACCAUGCGAGGACGCGAAAAGAUCAUUAAAAUUCAACAGGCAUCAAUUGAUAUACAGAGAAAGGCAUUGUCCGAAGAAAGAUGAGAAACUCAAGUGUCGUAUUCCAGCUCCAUACGGAUACAAGAACCCUUUUACAUGGCCUGCUAGUAGGGAUUUUGCUUGGUACAAUAACGUGCCUCACAAGCAUUUAACUGUGGAGAAGGCAGUGCAGAAUUGGAUCAGAACUGAAGGUGAUCGGUUUAGAUUUCCCGGUGGAGGCACUAUGUUUCCUAAUGGUGCUGAUGCUUAUAUUGAUGAUAUUGGAAGAUUGGUUAAUCUCAAAGAUGGAUCAAUUAGAACUGCCAUUGAUACUGGCUGUGGGGUUGCAAGUUGGGGAGCUUAUCUUCUGUCACGCAACAUAUUAACAAUGUCCUUUGCACCAAGAGACACUCACGAAGCACAAGUGCAAUUUGCCCUAGAACGUGGAGUUCCUGCCUUGAUCGGAAUUAUGGCUUCAAAAAGGCUUCCAUACCCAUCUAGAGCCUUCGACAUGGCUCAUUGCUCUCGUUGCCUGAUUCCGUGGGCAGAAUUCGGAGGACAAUAUUUGAUUGAAGUCGAUCGAAUUCUAAGGCCUGGUGGGUAUUGGAUUUUGUCUGGUCCACCAAUUAACUGGAGGAAGCAUUGGAAGGGCUGGGAAAGAACAAAAGAUGAUUUGAAUGAUGAACAGACCAAAAUCGAGACUGUGGCUAAUAGCUUAUGUUGGAAAAAGUUGGUGGAGAAAGGUGACAUCGCUAUUUGGCAAAAACCAGUCAAUCAUGUAAACUGUAAAGUUAACAGGAAGAUUACAGAAAAUCCACCUUUCUGUCCUGCUCAGGAUCCUGACAAAGCCUGGUACACAAACAUGGAGAUAUGUUUGACUAACUUGCCUGAGGUAUCUCACAAUCGAGACAUCGCCGGCGGAGCAUUGCCGAAAUGGCCUGAGAGAUUGAAUGCUGUACCACCAAGAAUUAGUAGAGGAACUUUGGAAGGGAUUACAGCUGAAAAUUUCCAAAAAGAUAUAGCAUUAUGGAAUAGGAGAGUGUCAUUUUACAAAGCUGGAAAUAACCAAUUAGGACAAACAGGAAGGUAUCGCAACAUUUUGGACAUGAAUGCUUACUUGGGUGGAUUUGCUGCUGCUCUUACUAAUGACCCACUUUGGGUUAUGAAUGUGGUUCCUGUCCACGCCAAGGUUAACACUCUUGGAGUAAUUUAUGAACGAGGAUUAAUUGGAACAUAUCAGGAUUGGUGUGAAGCUAUGUCUACUUAUCCAAGAACUUAUGACUUAAUCCAUGCUGAUUCUGUAUUUACCCUCUACGACGGCAGAUGUGAAAUGGAAGAUGUAUUGCUAGAGAUGGAUAGAAUUCUGAGGCCUGAAGGAAGUAUAAUCUUUAGAGAUGAUGUUGAUGUGUUGGUGAAGAUCAAGAAAAUAACUGAUGGAUUGAACUGGGAUGGUCAAAUUGUUGAUCAUGAAGAUGGACCUCAUCAAAGAGAAAAACUUCUUUUUGCUGUCAAAUCUUACUGGACAGCUCCUGCUGAUCAAAAUUAG